CGUCGCUUUUGGGAAGUCACUGGUGGCUGCCCUGGCGCCUGCGCAGUGAGCCCCUCAGCCCCCCUCCUCCCCAGCCCCGGGGGCGACUCCGGAGCCUGAGUCUCUGUCUGCAGCGCGGGGAGCCCGGGAUCCCGGGAUUCCGAGAUCCUGAGACUCUGAGACUUCGAGACUGAAAGACGCUAAGUAACCCUGAGAGAUCUGGGGACACGGACCCCGAGGAGCACACGGACCCCGAGACGCUGAGAGACACGCAGGCGCCCCAAGUCAGAGAUACUAAGGGACACACAAGAGACCCCGAGACACAGGGACCCUGAAGAAAGAUUGGGAGACCUCUGAAACGGGGAGAGAGCGCAGGCCGGGCUGUGGACGCCCCGAUGAUCGUUUAACCAAAGAGUGUGGGCAUUGGGGCCCAAAGUGGAAGGAGCACUAGGGACAAAUACAGCCCAUUCAUGCCAACAGCUGAUGAGGCUGGGAAGCAGCACACAGAGCCUGAGGAGGCGGACAGGCCCCCAUCUAUGUCCCGAAAUGACUCAGCCCCUCUGGCUCCUUCCCGGCCCAAUGCCUGCUGCUUCUGCUGGUGCUGCUGCUGCAGCUGUUCAUGGAAUGAAGAUCGGCAGCGGGCUUGGAAGACCUCUAGAGAGACCAGACUGGAGACCAUCCCCAACUGUGAAACUUGCACCAAACCCAGCCAAGAAGAGGUCCAGAGCUGGGCAAAGUCUUUUGACAAGCUAAUGAAGAAUCCUGCUGGCCGCAAUGUGUUUCGGGAGUUCCUUCGUACAGAAUACAGUGAGGAGAACAUGCUCUUCUGGCUGGCCUGUGAGGAGCUCAAGGGAGAAGGAAACAAGCAAGCCAUUGAUGAGAAGGCUCGGCUUAUCUACGAGGACUAUAUUUCCAUCCUCUCUCCCAAAGAGGUGAGCCUGGACUCCAGGGUACGAGAGGUCAUCAACAAAAAGAUGCAAGAGCCAUCAUCCCAUACAUUUGAUGAUGCCCAGCUCCAGAUCUACACCCUCAUGCAUAGGGACUCCUACCCUCGCUUCCUGAACUCAGCCUUCUACAAAGCCCUGCUCCUCAGCACCUCGAGAUCCUCCUCUGAGUCCUAGGGCAGCCUUCCCUCCCCAUGGAAGGGAUGAGGGCAGCCUAGACUCUUAGUUCUACAACACCUAGAGGGACGAGAUCUGGCCACUCUGGAAAAUGGGACCAAGGGGGCAGUUAUGCCUAUGCCCUCUCUCUUAGAGAAACCUCAAGCUUUUCCACACAGAAUUGUCCUCUUGUCUCUUGAGGUCACUGCCCACUACCUGUACUACAGUGUUGGACCAAGUUAUCUUCACAACCUCAGGCCUGACUUCUUGUUAAUAAUAACAGCUCCCAUUUCUAUAGCGCUUUCUGGUUUACAAAAGCGCUUUCCUCACAACCACUCUGGGAGGUAGGUAUUGCAAGUAUUUUCCCCAUUUUACAGAUUGGGAAACUGAGGCUUUC